AUGCAGGGGGAGCAUGGCGUGAGCUUGAAAGAGCUGUCCAGCGGCAGCCCAGAUGUUUCCCACCACCACCUCUCUAGAGUCCAGGCUGAGAGCUGCUGCUGCAGCCAGGACUUACCUGCACACCUGUUCGCCGUUCCCAUCAUCUUUGCGGCUGGCGUGACCAUUGCCUUGAUCCUGCAAAUACACCUCAACGCAAGUUUGGCAGAGGUGGGUAGAGUAGCCAAAAAAUGUACUCAAGUAAAAGUACUGCCUCUGUUGUCACAUCUGCUCAACACAGCUGCUUUGCAGGUUUUCCUGAAGGGCGUGGUGUCGGAUCACGAGCGCUGCACCGCUCUGGGCGAGCGAGUGCUCGGGGACCGAGGCUCCAGCGUGGAUGCAGCCAUCGCUGGCGCUCUGUGCCUGGGUGUCAUGCACCCACACGUAUCAGGUGUUGGUGGAGGAGGAGUGAUGCUGGUCCAUGACAUCCGUAGGAAUGAGACCAAGGUCAUCAAUUUUCAGGGAGCUGCCCCUGAAACGUUUAAAGAGGAGAUGCUGCAAAAUGGUUCUGAAAUCAAGGCAGGUUUGCUCGUGGGAGUGCCAGGUAUGCUGCUGGGGUUGCACCGCGCUCACAGCCUGUAUGGGAGCCUGUCAUGGGAGGACGUUGUCAGCAGAGCUGCACAUGUCGCCAGGGAAGGUUUCAACGUCUCCCUCAGUCUCGCUGAUGCAAUAUCAAAGGUAAAAGGUGAGCGGCUGCAGGAACGCUUCAGGAAUGUGUUUGUCCCAGGCGGCCGAGCUCUGAGUCCCGGCUCGUAUGUGAGGAUGCCUGGCCUGGCACAAGUCCUGCAGGCGGGUCUUCACAGUUUCUACCACGGGGAGUUGUUGCAAGAGAUGGAAGAUGAGGUCCGAGGAAACGGAGGGGUCCUGAGUAGAGAGGACAUCAGUAACUAUGACGUGGAGACACAAGACCCUCUUGAAAGCCCAUACCAUGACUUGAUCGUUCAAGUUCCACCUCCUCCGUCUGCUGGUGCGGCUCUAAUAACGGCGCUCAAUCUGUUGGAGGGCUUCCACUUCAGGGAGAACAAUGUCACGGAAAACCAGAUCCAUCGCUGGAUUAAUGAAUCCCUGACAGCGGCGCUGGCCCUGGCCAGCGGCCUGGGUGACCCCAAGGCCAACUCUUCCGUGACUGAGCUCCUGUCCGUCAUGCUGAGCAAACAUCAGGCAGAAGUGUUGCGCCAGAAGAUGAUUCACUCCCAGACAUCUCCGUCUGACCCCCACUCCCUCCCCCCAGAGCUGCUGACUGGACAAGUUGUCGUCAUGGGACCAGAUAACCUCGUGGUGUCUGUAGCGAGCUCUCUGAGCCGGCCGUUUGGGAGCAGGAUCCUGACUCGCUCUGGCAUCCUUCUCAACGGCCUCGUUCUCCACUCAUCCUGGCCGAAUGGAAGCAGCCAGGACACUGGCGUCCAGCCUGGACCGCGGCCCCUGGCGUUCCUCAUGCCCUCUGUGCUGGUGCCGGUCCGGGAUAAAUGUGGCCCGUAUAUGGCGCUAAGCAGCUCAGGUGGACCAAACCGUCUGAGUAAAGUCAUCCAGGUCUGA